UGCUGCGGCGGACGAAAUCUUCGACAUGUUCGGGCGGACGAUCGCGUCGUACGAGGAGCAACUUUGUCGAGCAAGAGAGGAGAACGAGCGACUGCGAGACGUUUGGGACUCUCAAACGCUCAAGCGCCGCCAAGACGAUCAGCGAUGAGCAUAGAAGUCCAAUAACAGAACACCGCUCGGGUUCGGAUCGGGGAGGCGGCGUUCUCCCCAAUCACGGCCUUCCGGGUCUCACCGUCAUUGGCCACAUUCAUUGGAGACUGGAAGUUGCCCGUGAGCGUGAAUACAUCCAGCAACCGACUGCUCACGGAGAAGAACUUCCCCCGCGGCGGAGCUCCAUUUUGGAGGAUCCGCGGCCCCCCCACGCCGAAGGCGACGAGGACGAGUUACCGUCAGCCGUCGCCAAAGAGGAAGAGGAGGAGGCUGACGUCGGCGGGAUGCCGCUGACCGUCGUCCCUGUGAAGAACGAAGACAACCCGCCUGAAAUGUGCUUGAGCUCCAUUUUGGAGGAUCCGCGGCCCCCCCACGCCGAGCGUGACGAGGACGAGUUACCGUCAUCCUUCGUCAAAGUGGAAGGGAAGGAGGGUGACGUCAGCGGGAGGCCGCUGACCGUGGUCCCUGUGAAGAACAAAGACAACCCGCCUGAAAUGUCCCAGCUUCCAAGCGGACCGACGCCACGGGACGAGCUCGUAGCGCCGCUGCCGCUCGCCGGCGUCGUCAAAGAAACCGGCGGAGGUGACCACGAACUGACAAAAGGUUCCGAGAAGCAGACGGCCAAAGGGCGUUUCAGCUGCUCGUUUUGCGGUAAAGGUUACGCUUAUCGCUGCAAGUUGGCUUUGCACGUGAAAGUGCACACGGGAGAGAAACCUUUCCCUUGCUCCAUCUGCGGCAAGCGCUUCACCCAAAAGGUCAACAUGCUGUCGCACACCAGGACGCACACUGGAGAGAAACCGUUCAGUUGCUCAGUUUGCAGGAAAACCUUCGCCCACAAGUCAAAUAUGGUCGCGCACGCCAAAACACACACGGGAGAAAGACCCUUCGCUUGCGCCAAUUGCGGCAAAACCUUCUUUCAAAAGUCCAACAUGUUGACACACAUGAAAACGCACUGCGGAGACCGACGAGCUUUCGCUCCCGCCGUCUGCGGCAAGACUUAUUCUCAUCAGAACAGUUUGAGCGUCCGCGCGAGGUUGCACGAUGAGGACAAAUCCCUCACGUGCUCCGUUUGCGGUAAAAAGUUCUCCCGGAUGAUCGACCUGCGGGCGCACGCGGGAGAGAAGCCGUGUUGCUGCAUUGUUUGCGCGAAGAGGUUCGCCCAAAAGACUCACCUGGAAGCGCACACGCGAACGCACACGGGUUGUGCGGCAAAAGUUACGCUUAUCAGAACAAUUUAGGCGUGCACAUGCAGACACACGAGGUGGAAAAAUCCUUCAACCGUUCCGUGGGCGACAAAAGUUUCUCUUGAAAGGUUUUCACGGUCGCACGCACGCACUUGGGAGAGAAACCCGGCAAACGCUUCACUCCAAAAGUGCACCCGGCGCCGCCGCCAAAACGUCGGCUUGCUUGCGCACGGCGGCGGGGAAUUAAAGAAAAAAGAAAAAAAAGUGAAGCUCCCGGGCAACAGAUUGCGCCAAAAGAUUCGCAGGCGCAUGAGGGGACACCUCAAACUGGGUUUGGAUUUGUUUUUUCCUUCUCGUUUUUUUCCUUUUUGGGGGGAACCAACUCAAAAACGCACACAUCACAAUCACUUUCAUUCUUUCUUUUGUUGUUUUGCACAUGAUGUCAAGUUGACGGAGAUUUUUGUCUGCUGUACGUGCGGCACGGCGGGCGACCGGUUAGCACCUCUGCCUCAGAACUGUGAGACGAAUGUGCCCGCGUGGCUUUUCUCCGGGCACUCCGCUUUCCUCCCAUAACGUGCGUGCCAGGAGAAUUGAAGACUCUUCAUUGUUAAUGUGAGUUCCGAAGGUCGCCCGUUUUCACGUGCCCUGCGAUCGGCUGGCGACCAGUCCGACGCGUUUGCCGCCUCUCGCCCGGAGUUAGCCGGGACAGGCUCCAGCGCACCCGCGGGCCUCAUGCAGAGAAAAUGGGCGAAGGGGUGCGUUUACUGUCAGCCACGGAUGUCAAACUCAAGGCCCGGGGGCCAGGGGUGCCAAAACAAAUCACGUGUUGUCGAUUGCACGUGUUUUGUCACCUUCAUUUUGCUGUCAGCGAUAUGUCUGUAUUUUUUCAACUUGACUCUCAAUGAGUCUCGUGCAUCUGGGUGAGUUUCAGUUUUUGAAAUGAACGACCCACUGAAAUGACUCAUUUGACACAUAUUGCAAUUUAUUCUAAUGUACGUUGACAUUUUUUGUGAUUAUUAUGAGCAGUCUGAAAUUCAAUUUCAAAUCCGCUGUUUGGCUUUCACUGAUGUGCAAUUCACAUAUACUCGUUAAACUCUGACAAGAAAAUGUUGUAAAUGUACAGAAAUGUGUGAAAUCUGUCUGGAAAUCUGAACACACAAAGUGCAAGUACAGAAAAAUGCUGUACAAGUUGUGACAAAAGCCAAAAGUGCUCGCGUGUCGACUGCUACGUAGCAAUUUUCAUUCAUCUCAUUCGUCGCUUCUGAAACUUUGGCAUCGUUUUGCUUUCCCGAGUGCGUCCAAAUCGGGCGUCCAAUGGUGGGCGGCGGCCAAUUUCCCAAGGUCAUUUAAGCGCCAAGUGCUCGUCUGUGCCACCUCUGGUGGACGACGUUAGCAACAACCGUUACCUCCGCUGACAAAUUGCCACGGGCCCCAAUCGGACUCCCCGACUGUCCGGUUCUUGCCCGCGGGCCGUUCAUUUGGUUGCACUGCUUUUUUUGCAGGAUUUGGGCAACAAGACUCACGAGAGAAGCGGCGAGCGUUCGCCCCCCGGUACGGCCGCCGCCUUGAGAUACGAGCGACCCGCCGUGCACCGCCUUGACUUGUGAGUUUGAGACGCCAGGCUCGGCUCGGCUCGGCUCGGCGUGCUGAAUUGGACUCGCGUGCUGUUUAUUGGCCCGCUCAAUUGAAGUUUCCUUUUAAAUGAACCGGCAAACCUUGCGUAUUUUAAACAACUGAAGCGGGUACAGAACGUAUUCAGGGAUCCUCUCCAGUUCUGUCAGGUUGGAUGGCGAACGUUGGUGGGCAGCCGUUUGCGGGUCUCUCCAGAGAGGCUCAAUUGACCCCUCCGUGGAUAUUGCGCAAUCCGCGUCACCGACCAAUCAGAGGCCAGAGAUCGGCAUAAGCCAAAGCCCGUUUUUGCUCCCGCCAUUUUCUCAGACGACGUUGCAUGGUCCAGUACGGGUUUAGUUAGCGUUUUAUCGCGUAUUUGGGUUAUUGAACAAAAAAUAUGGUUAAGAGGCGUAGUCACGGACUUUGUAAUCGUGACGACGGGUAUCCCGAAAGGCGAGUCGGUGGGACUUCCAUUCGUACCCUUUCCAAAACCGAAGACCCGGUACGAAAAAUGCCUUCGAUGGAUCAAACUUUGUGGAAGACCGCAUCAUCAACUAAAUCCAUCUAAUAUCAACCGGAACACACAUGUUUGCACCAAGGUAUGCCCUAUAUUUGAUUUUCAAUACACGUCUCGUAUAAAUGAAUUCGAAGUUCUUCGCUAGCAUAACACUGCUACGUGUGAACGAUUGACACACUUAUUCUUUGUUGAGCGAUAUUUAGCGACGAUCGGACUGCACAAAAGUGUCGCUUUCUUGCUGGCUCGCGGCCAGAAGCUUAACCAGACUGUGUUUGCACGAAGAUAUGCCCUAAAUUUGAUUUUUAAUACACGUCUCGUGUAAAUGAACGAGACGUUCUUCGCUAGCAUAACAUUGCUCCGUGCGAACGAUUGAAUGAAAUCAGAAGCAUGGCGUCUGUCUCGUUCAGAAUGUAUUGUAUUGUAUUUGCCAUUUUUUACGAAUUGUUUGUCUUACGUCCGCGUGACUUCAGGAGGCGUGGUUAAGUGCCCUGUACGGAGGGGUCAAUUGGGUUGAAGUCAGGGGUCUGGCCGGGCCAUUCGAGAAGAGUCGUUCCGAAGCCACUCCUUCGUUAUUGCUUGGGGCCGUUGUCUUGUUGGAAGGCGAAAGUGGGAAAAUCUGUCCUACACUGCCCCCGAGCGGCCGAGGUGCGCACGCCUGAAGGAGCAGCGCCGUGCCCCGUGAGUUGAAGCGUUAAAAACGGGAGGAAAAGCCUUUGAUUCUCGCCUCUCUCUUGAAUGACAUCAUUACUGCAUGCAAAAUUGCAUCAAAGUUGUUUGUGUCCAUUGUGAGAUCUGAGCGUUCACGGAAGGAAUUGAACUCAUAUCUCAGAGCACCGCUGAGGGCAAGCGACAUAAAUAGAAUGUAUUUAUGAUUCUUCUUACAGUUGCCGUCUGCAAUGUUGGUGUUGAUUCUCGUCAUUGCUGUAAAUACAGAUGUCCUUGGCUUGAUGUGUGUGCGUGUGCAGCUCUCCCAUACGUAUAUACACACACGCACGCACAUCAAUGCUACUCAAAUCUUGAAGCCUUGAAAAAUUAGAAUCCUUGAAAGAUGUGACUCUUCCACAUUAUUCCGAGUCUUUCCCCGAUAAAUGUUUUUGUCAAAUAAAUAGCCAUCCAUCCAUUUUCUGAGCCGCUUAUCCUCACGAAGGUCACGGGAGUGUCGGAGCCUAUCGUGGCUAAUCCUCGGCUGAGAGGCCGGGCACACUUUAAUGUGCAAAUCAACCCCAGAACAAAAGCUCAAGACCUUGCGGAGAAGCUGGUAAGAAAGCGUUAUUGUCCUGCACCAAGGUUACAUCCGGAGGAAAAAGGGGGAAUCGAGUAGACCUGAGAACACCGUCCCAACUGUGAACGAUGGAGGUGGCAGCAUCAUGUUGUGGAGGCGUUUUGCUACAGCGGGAACUGGAGCGCUUCGUAAAAUCGUGAAGAAAGACCAUUACAUGCAGAAAUGAAGGCAACGUCUCGAGACAUCAGACGGGAAGCUAAAACUUGGGCGCAAACGGGUCUUCCGAAUGGACAACGACCCGAAGCGUACAUCAGAAGCGGCUUGCGGAUGACAAAGUCAAUGUCUGGGAGUGGCCUUUGCAUGCUACUGGAUACUGCUGGAAUGGAUGAAAGCUUUUGACCUCAAAGAAAAUAUACGCACAAUUCUCUGUCAUUAUUGUGGCAUUCAACAAAUUGGAAUAAUUUUGGGGAUCUUUAGUCUGAUUUGACUGCAUAUGAUAUGAUGACUUGAUUGCUUUUGUUGGUUUUAAUAAUCUUACCAAGGCCUGGACAGAGGGAAUAAUACCGCUUAUUUCUUCAUGUUUGUUUAUUUAUUUGUUCGUUCGUUCAUUCAUUCUUCUCGAGUUCUUGUAGCAAUAACUGAUGUACGCAU